UUGGAAUCCUUGGAGUAACUACAGUAAAAAUGAAUUUUUUGCAAAGCUAGCUAAUUAAUUUUAAAACCGAUGCUUUUGAAGUGACGACGGGUCAUAACCCAGUCCUUCGCUCAGGUAGGCUACUGAAACAGAGGUCGCGAGACAGGACAAGGAAACCGAAAGUGUAGCUCAUUACAUUAUAUUUACAUGCUUCCCACGACUAAAGUGCCUGGGAGUUCAGUACGACCGGAAAGAUGGAUAAGUUCAAAACGAUUAUUAGCGUUGUUCAGAAACAGCAGACUAGCCUUGGGUUCGGAUUAGUUGCUUUAUUAACUGCAGGUGGUGAACAGAUUUUUUCGUCUGUGGUGUUCGAGUGUCCAUGUAGCGUCUGGAACUUUACCUAUGGCGUGGUGUUUCUGUUAGUACCGGCUCUAGCACUCUUGGUGUUAGGUUACAUUAUGAGCAAUAAAACCUGGAAACUGUUUACAGGUUUGUGUAAUCGGAAAUCAAAAUUCGCUAGUUUGAAAAACCUUUGCGCGUGUGGGUUGGUCUUCUUUCAGAUCACAACGAGCGCAGUCAUCGCCCCUGUAACUUGGAUUGCAGUCGCUUUGCUCAAUGGCAAAUACUUUGAAUGCGCGGUGACAGGGGUCAAUGUAACGGUUUUCACAAACCACCUUUGUGAUGGAAUGACUCCGCAGUGCCAGAAUGAACUUUUUAAAUUACCUUGCGGUAGAGCUAAAGCAUACCCAGGCAGUGAUGUUGUGCUGGCAACUAUCAGAGCGGAGUCGCAGAUCCUGGGAUGGCUACUGAUCGCCUCCAUCAUGGUCUUCAACCUCCUGCUGACCUGUGUGGCGAGGUGUAAUUCUCCAGUCAGCUACCUGCAACUGAAGUUCUGGAAGGCCUACACCCAGCAGGAGAGUGACCUGCUGGAGAUCUACUCUUCUGAUCACGCCAAAAAGCUGGCCGACAGGAACCUGAAGAGUUUCUUUCAGCUGACUCCUCCUGAACCUGUCACUACCCCUCCUAACAGGGCCUGGGAGAAGAUUUCCUCCCUCUACAAGUUCAGCUCCAAAAACACUUACUACAGCAUCCUGCACAAGUAUGUGGAGACGUUCCAUGAUCCUGCAGAGGCCAAAGACUACAAGAUGUCAGUCCGGUCAGAUGGCCCAGAUACCGUGAACCCAGCUGCUCUAUCCUUUGUGGAUGAGGGCAAAAUGAUGCUAUGAAUGGGCAAGCUGAUUAUUAUAGGAACAGCAGUGACCCAUUAUCACAACUUUAAUUAUAUGUAUUAUUUGGUUGAUUUGUUUUAAUCAUUAUUAUCUCAAUGAAUCUAAGUUUUAUUUUGUAAAAAGACUAAUUAAAUUAUAUUAGUGCUGUCCCCUCUCAUGCCUCCUUUUUGAAAAACAAUAGUUUCCAUAAUACAAAAACGUGUUGUUACUUGAUAGUUUACUCACUGUCAAAACAUCUAGAACAUACUUUUAUUUUCUUUCAUACCACUCAGACACGGUCAAAAUUAAGUUUGUGGGCUGUGGCAGGAAACGUCAGUGUCUAUGAAAAACGAAA